AUGGUAGCCUCAGCGCUCAGACUUGUGGCACAAAACCCAGGCAGCAGGUCACAAAACCCUUCCACUUCCGAAGACUCUACCGCACAUUCCGUCGCUAGCGAAACCAGCUUCCCUUCGAAUGCGAAUGUACUCAAGUUUAAGAUCGCCGUUCCCAUUCUUAUAUUUCUGGGUACUUCUCCAGCACAGUUUGAGCUCGCAGCCCUAAGGCCGGAGCCGGUCGGCCGUCCUCUUUGCUCGCUAUGGCGGCAUCAAAAUAGUUUCAUAACCGUUAUCUUACCCCCACAAUACAGCAGCUACUCUCAGCCGUUUAGCAAGCAUACCGCCCACCUUCAACCUCUCCUUCUUUGCAUAGCUCUGCUCAUAAACGACUCCAAAAGCUACUCUCUUUCGCGUAAUAGCUUUGCGUGGAAAGCAUUUUACGUAACACUUCUCUACACUACCGGCAUUAAUCGUCGUCCUCCUUCUCACUACAGAGAGCUCCUGUAUGAGUAUACGGUCCAUAUAAUUCAAAGUACGCUCGCUAAUACUUCUAUCCGCUUUAGCAACGACCUCUGGGCUUGUGCAGCAGCACAGCUAUCCGACGAUGAUAAGCGAAAUAUAAACUUCAGUCGCCCUGAUAAGCUCAACAUCAUCACAGAACUCCACGCAGAAACCGAAAGAUCCAAGCAAAAGUCUAUAGAGUCAAGAUGGAAGUACACUCGCAAGAGCGGAGAAACUGUGAUAAUAAGGGACGUAUUUGAGAAGAUUGUUCGAUGGAUUGACAUCUUCAAGCAGGUUGGGGAUGUUGCAACUCAGUAUGAUCCAGUGCAUGCUGCUCUUCCUUGGGCAGGGAUUCGUUUUGUUUUGCAAGUAUGUGGCAAGGUGCUGUCUAAACUUCUAAGGAGGAAGCGGCUGAAAUGUCUGCAGAUUGCGGUCAACGAUUCCAACAAGCUCGCGUCAGUAGUAGAAGGCCUUGCUUGGAUAGCAGAGUUAAUAUGUCGCUACUCCGUUACUGAAGCCCUAUAUCUCCAGGGCGUAUCAGAAGCAACUAAAGAAUUGGAAAGAGCUUUAGUCAAGCUGUAUGCGAAGGUCUUAAGCUAUUUAUCCAAGGCAAAGCAGUAUCUUGAGAAGGGAACUGCCAAGAGGAUGCUCAAGAAUGGACUCCUUGCUGAGACACAGCUUGAUUCAUGCUUGAAAGAUAUCCGCGCAGCGGAAACUGAUGUUGGCCGAAGUGUGCCUUCUGUGGAUAGAAAUGAGCUGAAGGAUCUGCUAGCACGCAUGGAUGCGCCGCUGCGAAGGGUGAACCAUGAUCUGAAGAACAUUGACGACUAUCUUCAAGGCUGGUACUCAUCGAAGCGCACAACCGUUUUGCAGUGGCUCUCCCCUGAACCGUAUAUGAAAUAUCACAACCAGGCCAAACAGGGAGUACUUCCAGGAACUGGACAAUGGCUUCUGUCAGACUCUAUCUUUAAGAAAUGGAAGGAAGAGAGUGCCUCCUCUAUCCUUUGGCUACAUGGUAUCGUUGGGUCAGGGAAGAACGCUCUCGAGAGCUUUAAAGCUGGCAACAACCCGCAACCCGUCUUCUUCUAUUGCUCACGAAAUGCAGCAGAACCUACACGCGCUGAUCCUAAAGUAAUCCUUGCCAGCCUUGCAAGACAACUCUCUUCUCCAGAGCUUGGAAACCGCCUGCUGAAACCUGCUGUUGACCUUUUUAAUAUCAAAGAAGCUGAUGGAUUCGCCUCCGGGUCGCUCGAGCUAGAAGAAAGCUGCAAACUUAUCAUGCAGCUCAUUGAACAAUAUCCUCUAACAACGAUAGUGAUAGACGCCAUGGAUGAGUGUGACCCUAGCAAGCGGCGCGAAUUGCUCAAAACUUUAGAACAAAUUCUUCGGGACUCAUCUAGCUUAGUAAAGAUGUUCGUAUCAAGUCGGGAUGACCAGGACAUCGUCCUGCGUUUGCACAAUUAUCCAAAUAUUGAGAUAAGUUCCCAAAGAAACGCCGAUGACAUCAUGCGGUACGUAAGAAGCCAGACGGAGCAACUCAUCCAAGAAAAAGAGCUGUUACAGUACAGCACCUCUCAAGCGGAGAUGAAAGAGCUUAUUAUAAACAAGGUGAUCGAAGACGCAAAUGGAAUGUUCCGAUGGGCAAGUAUGCAAUUGCAACAUCUUUGCUCAUUCGAUCUCGAUGACGACAUCAAAAACAGCCUUGGUCGACUUCCACCAGACCUACAUACUCUCUACGCUGAAAUUUACAACCUCCUUUCCACUAAACCAGGCGAGGUCCAAGCGGCCGUUUUCAAAAAUGUCCUCCGGUGGCUAUUAUGUGCGCAAAGGACACUUAAUACCUCAGAAUUCUUAGCCGCAGUCUCAAUGAACCCACAAACAGGGGAUAACAGGAACAAAAUAUCAAAAGAUAUCAUCCUGAAGACUUGCAACAACUUUGUUGUUUUUGAUUCCCAGCAAGAUACAUUUCGCUUUGCCCACAUAUCAGUUAGAGAGUUCUUAGAGCAGCGACAAGAAUACAGCAACUCGGCAUCAAACGCUUUGGCGGCAGAAAUCUGUCUCUGGACCAUACUGUCUACAAAUCCAAACUCCGGCACUCAGCGCUUGCUCUCCAAGCUUGGCUGGUAUGCAAAAGCCACAUCAAUAAGUUUUGAUGGAUUCCGCGAAUACUCAGAUUUUCACUGGGCCACACAUUGUCAGUUGGCCGCGAACGAAAGGAGUUCAGGUAGAUUGAAAACUGCGUUUCAAUAUGUCGUAUCUGGUGACAGCGGGCCAGCUUCUUGUAUUGGAUUCUGGAAUGCUCGACUCCAGGACUGCCGGAAACCGGGCCAACUAAGAUAUGCAGUGGUGACUGCAGACCUAGUAUCAGCUGCAGGGUUGUUUGUUUCCUGUGCUUUCGAUUUCCACGAGACAAUUGAAGACAUCGUACGAAAAGAAAUUUUGAAAGAUCUCUGGACACACGGACUAGGUCACAGACUUCUACUUGUCGCAGUGAGGAACGGAAGUUGUAAGGCGCUGAGAAGUCUGUUAGAGCAAGACAGAAAUAAUACUACAAUUGCUGAAGAGAUCGUCGUGGCUGCUGCUAGAAAUUGGAAUAGUGGAAAGGCGCGGAGCAGACAUCUCAAUUACUGA